AUGCUCCGUCUCACCUCGCUUUUGUAUCCUCCAUUUUCCUCUCCUCAUCCCUUCCUCUCCUCUCUGUUCCUUCCUUAUGGUCACGUAGAUAAGCCUCCGGCAGACCCGUGUGUGGCGAAAAAGUGUGGCGCCAAUGCGGUGUGCGUUAAGGAGAAAGGCAGUGCCAGAUGCGUCUGCAACGUUGGAUUCUCCAUGACCCCCACCGGCUGUGUUGCUGCUGGUGAGUGCUGCGGUGACCCAUGCGUGCUCAAGGCGUGUGGCGUCAACGGCAAGUGCAUCAAGGACAGUGCUGGAGUGGCGUCCUGCGUGUGUGACGCUGGCUUUGUGCUGCAGGCUGACAAGACUACAUGCAGCGACACAUGCGCGCUCAAGGCGUGUGGCAGCAACGGCAAGUGCACCAAGGACAGUGCUGGAGUGGCGUCCUGUAUGUGUGACACUGGCUUCGCACUGCAGGCUGAUGGCGUCACAUGCACCGUGUCCCCUCACUCGCGCAACUCUCUCUCCUCUCCCCCCCUUUCCCCAGACGCAUGCUCGCUCAAGGCGUGUGGCAGCAACAGCAAGUGCGUCAAGGACAGUGCUGGAGUGGCGUCCUGCGUGUGCAACACUGGCUUUGUGCUGCAGGCUGACAAGACUACAUGUGCUGACACAUGCACGCUCAAGGCGUGUGGCAGCAACGGCAAGUGCACCAAGGACAGUGCUGGAGCGGCGUCCUGCGUGUGUGACACUGGCUUUGUGCUGCAGGCGGAUGGCAAGACGUGCACUGACACAUGCGUUUCCAAAGGGUGUGGCGGCAACGGCACGUGCAGCAAGAAUGUUGCUGGAGUGGCGUCCUGCGUGUGCAACGCUGGCUUCGUGCUGCAAGCUGACAAGAUAACAUGCACCGACACCUGCACGAUCAAGAACUGUGGUGCGAACGGCCGGUGCAUCAAGGACGCCACCACUGGAGCAGCGUCCUGUGUGUGUGACACUGGCUUUGUGCUGCAGGCGGAUGGCAAGACGUGCACUGUCUCCUCGUCGCCAGACACAUGCGUGCUCAAGGCGUGUGGCAGCAACAGCACGUGCAUCAAGGACAGUGCAGGGGUAGCGUCCUGCGUGUGCAACACUGGCUUGGUGCUGCAGGGUGACAAGUCCUUUCCCAUAUCCUUUGUCUACCCUCAUUUGCCCAACCCCACCUCGCUCGCCCAACUCCCUCCCCUCUGUCUCCUCUUCCCCUCUGUCUCCUCUUCCCCUCUGUCUCCUCUUCCCCUCUGUCUCCUGUUCCCCUCUGUCUCCUCUUCCCCUCUGUCUCCUCUCCCCCUCUGUCUCCUCUUCCCCUCUGUCUCCUCUCCCCCUCUGUCUCCUCUUCCCCUCUGUCUCCUCUUCCCCUCUGUCUCCUCUUCCCCUCUGUCUCCUCUUCCCCUCUGUCUCCUCUUCCCCUCUGUCUCCUCUUCCCCUCUGUCUCCUCUUCCCCUCUGUCUCCUCUUCCCCUCUGUCUCCUCUUCCCCUCUGUCUCCUCUUCCCCUCUGUCUCCUCUUCCCCUCUGUCUCCUCUUCCCCUCUGUCUCCUCUUCCCCUCUGUCUCCUCUUCCCCUCUGUCUCCUCUUCCCCUCUGUCUCCUCUUCCCCUCUGUCUCCUCUUCCCCUCUGUCUCCUCUUCCCCAGACACAUGCGUGCUCAAGGCGUGUGGCGUCAACGGCAAGUGCAUCAAGGACAGUGCUGGAGUGGCGUCCUGUGUGUGUGACACUGGCUUCGUGCUGCAGGCUGAUGGCGUCACAUGCACCGACACCUGCAAGAUCCAGGACUGUAGUGCAGACGGCCAGUGCAUCAAGGACGCCACCACUGGAGCAGCGUCCUGUGUGUGUGACACUGGCUUUGUGCUGCAGGCAGAUGGCAAGACGUGCAAAGACACCUGCAAGAUCCAGGACUGUAGUGCAGACGGCCAGUGCAUCAAGGACGCCACCACUGGAGCAGCGUCCUGUGUGUGUGACACUGGCUUUGUGCUGCAGGCAGAUGGCAAGACGUGCAAAGACACCUGCAAGAUCCAGGACUGUAGUGUAGACGGCCAGUGCAUCAAGGACACCACCACUGGAGCAGCGUCCUGUGUGUGUGACACUGGCUUUGUGCUGCAGGCAGAUGGCAAGACGUGCAAAGACACCUGCAAGAUCAAGGACUGUAGUGCGAACGGCCAGUGCAUCAAGGAUGCCACUACUGGAGCAGCGUCCUCGCCAUGCAAUCCGCUCUGUGGUGCGAACAUGCACUGUGACACCACUACUGCAGUGGCGACUUGUGUUUGUGACAAGGGUUAUGAGGAUGACUGGCAGAAUCCUGGAACCUGCGUUGAUCGGUGCUAUUACUAUGGUUGUGCUCCGGGACAGACUUGCGAGUUGAAUUUCUACAAUGGGGAUCCAUAUUGUAGCGGCGUACCCGACCCCGAUUUUCCUUUGUAA